CCCUCCACAUUUAGCACAGACAAAAAGAGGAGGCCGUACGAUCGCGUACGCGCAUUCGGGUGGUGCUUAGUUUUUUUUUAUCACUGGAACUGUCCGAAACGCCUAAUCAGCUGUCUCAUUGUCACAGUGAAAUGGUGUGGGUGAGUGAAUAAUUUGCGAGUGUGAAGUUGGAAAAUAAUCAGGUGUUCCCUGACGGUGAACUGCCCCAGAGGCAAUGACUCGUUCCUGUGCAAUAAACUCGUGUAGAAUAGUGUCAAUUUAACCACGUAAUCAAUCACCAAUUUUCAUCAUAAGAAAAAAUGGCAACAGCAGCAAGACAGUAAUGCAUCAAUUGACGUCGCCAUUUAAUAACCUAUUUCCGCGUAUUUUUCAAGUAAUAGUUGAAAAAAAUCAAGGACAAAGGUUGCAAGGAUAAUUGACGAGGUCGUACUUGUCGGUGGAGAAUACGAGAAUACCACAUUAUCACAAUCGAUUUACGUAGUUGGAUAUCCAACUGUUUUGUGCAACCCAGUGUUUUCGUGGAAGGAGAGAGAGAUUAGAGAGCAACGGAAGCAGAAGAAAAACAUUUGGUUUUGCGAAGGCGGAGGACAGUUUCCUUUGACCUUGACAAUUUAUAGAAAUGACUGAUUUUCGAACGUGAUUUUUCAACCGAGGAGUUUUUUUUAGAUUCGUUCGGUCAAGUCGAGGAGAUUUGGAAUUUUUUUAACACCGUUUGAUUCAUGUCAUCGAAUUAUCAGUGAAGAUGAGCUCUGUUUGGAAGAGAUUGCAGAGAGUCAACAAGCGAGCGGCCAAGUUCCAGUUUACGGUUUCUUAUCACGAGUUGAUGCUGGAAACGACUUCCAAGUGGAAACCUAAUAAGCUGAGUGUAGUAUGGACGAGAAGAAGCAGAAGAGUGAGUUCGGAGCCCCUCGAGUGGGAGCCAUGUCUGAGCGAUCCUUUAAUUGGCAUUGUCAGCUGGCCAGUCCCCGACAAUCACACUGUCUCUGUCACUCUCUUCAAAGACCCUAGAACCCACGAAUUGGAGGACAAGGAUUGGACAUUCGUUGUGGAAGAUGUAUCACCAACUGGUAAAAGACGUCAUGUGGCUGCUACGAAUAUCAAUAUGAAAAAAUAUGCAACCCUUGAGUCUAGUCAGCAACAAUUGAAAUUGGACUUGAAGCCAACGUCCAAGAAAAUCGUUAGAUCAACCAUUGAAUGUACUUUGUCCUGUGUCUUUCUGCGCGAGGGAAAAGCUACGGAUGAAGACAUGCAGUCAAUGGCAAGUUUGAUGUCCGUAAAUAACAACAGUGACAUAGCCCCCCUGGACGAUUUUGACAAUGAGGACAUCCCCGAGGACGUUGAGGAGGUGUCCUUGAAGAAUCUCGACGAAAUCCUAGACAUAUCAACGCAGAUUGACUUGAUGACGAGUAGUUUAACCGAGAGCGAGGUGCCCAGUACCCCAAUCAGUAUCGCAAGCUUAGCAAAAGACGAUGCAAUAACCCCUACGAAUAUCGAGUCACGACUUCCUCGGGGCUUGAGUGCUAGUGCCAUCGUCGACAACAUUCGGGAUAUGUCUCCCAUAAAGAAUGAGAUUGCCGUUGAAAACGAUAAGAACACAGCGAUGAGAUCUAAAUUACAACCCUUGGAUCUGAAGAAAAACGAAACAGGUGUUCCAAGACUAAGAGAGAUAACACCUGGUCAGGAUCUUCUCGAGUGGUGCAAGGACGUGACUAGAAAUUAUCCUGGUGUUAGAGUCACUAAUCUUACAACUUCCUGGCGCAAUGGAAUGGCUUUUUGCGCUAUUGUACAUCAUUUCCGACCUGAUCUCAUCGAGAUUGAUUCACUGCUGCCUCACGACGUUAAAGGAAACUGUAAAAAAGCAUUCGAUGCUGGUGAGGCUCUUGGGAUACCCAGGGUAAUUGAGCCGGCGGAUAUGGAUAUUUUAACGGUCCCGGAUAAACUCGCGGUUAUGACGUACUUGUAUCAGUUGAGGGCUCACUUUACUGGUCAUGAAUUGGAGGUCCAUCAAAUUGGUAAAACGACAGAUGAAUCAUCCUACAUGAUCGGCAGAUUCAAUACAGACAACAACUCCGACGUCAGCGUUCAAUUAUUUGGCCAGGAAAUCAUAAACAUGAGAAAGAAAGAGCAGCUGGAGCAGAGAGAGCGCAGAGCGGACAGCAACAGGCGAUCCAAUCCUUUUGAUUACAAAAGAGAAGAGUCCUGUGCUGAUUCACUUAAGCACAAAUUGCACUUGAGUCUGAGCACCGACAGCCAGGAGCAUGAAUUGGGUAAAGACAAGUCUCCGACAAGUGUCAAGGAUGUUAAGGACAUCAUUCUAGCGAGUUCGAAGAGCAUUCUUGGAAAAGUUCUGUCUCCAUCAAAGGAAAAGUACUCGUCGAGAGAAAAGAGCAAGUCUCCACCGCGAUCGGUACAUAUGCCUCAGCAACGCCCCAUUCUCAUGACCAGGAGACAAUUGACUGAUCCCUUUGGCUCUGAUGAUGAGGAGGAGAACAUCCAGGUUGUUGAUGAUAAAUUGUUUCAGAGUAUUUCUAUGGGGAAGUCACCAGUGUCUCCCAGAGAUGAGUUGAUUGACCGUGGCAUGCGGGCGAGCUCUGAAGGCCGUGGAACAAUAUCACCAUCACACGGAGACUCUCGUUCUCAACACCCAUUGGUAACGCGUCACGACGAGCUUCGGGAGCGUGCGAGACAGCUUCUGGAGCAAGCGAGAAGCCAGACAAAGACGUCGAACGUAUCAUCGCCAGUGUCAAGUCCAGUGGAGGCACAGAAUGACGAGGAUAGGCAGGCACAACUGCGAGAGAGGGCCCGCCGACUAAUCGCAGAAGCCAGGAUGGGUGUUGUUGUAACACCAAGUCAAUUGGUAGAUGAUAAUAAUAGCGACAGACGUUCUAUUGAUGAUCAGAAUAAUAGUCCGAGAAGAAGUAUGACUCCGUCAACACCUGGAGAUCGCCUGAGUAUAAAGUCUGAACACAAUGGAAAUGUUCUGGCAAAUGCCGUUGCAGUGGAUAGCGACAAGAAAACAAAUUCUCCACUGUAUUCGUUCUCAAAGAUUCUGGAAAGAAUUUCUCCUGAGAAAAGUCCUGAGAGAAGCCCUCACACAAUCAGAGGUUUAGGUAAAGACAUGACUUCUUACAUUCAGAAUGAAUUGGAAGCACUGGAGAGGGAGCAGAGCCAGAUAGAUGUGCAAGCAGCGAAGCUAGAGAAACAAUUACGAGCGGCCAUGGAGAGCGAUAAUGAGGAAGACACUGAACGACUGAUGUCUCUUUGGUUCACCCUUGUUAAUAAAAAGAAUGCCCUGCUUAGGAGACAAAUGCAGUUGAAUAUUUUAGAGAAAGAGGAUGAUCUCGAGAGGCGAUUUGAAUUAUUAAAUAGGGAACUGAGGAGUAUUCUUGCUGUGGAAGAGUGGCAGAAAACUGCGGAGCAAAAGAUACGGGAAAAUUUGCUGUUGGAGGAGUUGGUUUCCAUUGUUAAUAAGAGGGAUGAGCUAGUGCAUCAUUUGGACACACAAGAAAGAGCGAUUGAAGAUGACGAUGAAAUUGAAAGAGACUUGUCCCGGGCUGGACUAGCUCAGCGAAACAAAAAUUGCGUUAUCCAAUGAAUAAAGUGCUUGUAAUUUGAGCUUUAAUGUUGGAAAGUAUGAUGUUCACGUUGCUGUGGAGUUGCCAAAGAACAAAAUUGAACAUUGUUUGUAGAAUGGUACAUUCAAACGCCUCGUUUAGUUACCUCGCUCGGUUAUUUUCACUUGGAGAUGAAAACGUCUAUAAUUUAGUAAGUAAAUUCGAACAACAAAAUUUAGAGAAACUUAUCGACAAAUCAUGAAUAAAUUGAGGGGUAGGGGAUGAGUUACGAUAGGCGAAGGACCUUUUUAUUACGUGAUGAUUAUGGGUUUGAAGCUCUCUUUUGCUCACGACUUUAGAAUACAUUUUAAAGUUAUACUAGUGUUAAUUCAUUAUUUCAUUCGUAUUGGGGGUUUUCAUAAAUCGAAAUAAUAUCCACUGUUUAGAAAUAAUUUGAAUUAUCAUCGUCGAUUGAUCAUGUUCACAUAUGUGCCAUACGAGCAUCUCGGUGCAAUUAUUUCUAUUCGGAAAAAAUGCAUAAUUCACUGAUACGAAUUUAUAUUUCAUUGCUCAUUUCAUUCAUUCAAGGCUACAAGUGUUUUUGUACUCGAUUGACUGUAUUUUGAGACAAAAUAUGACUGUUUCCAUUACUAAAGUUCAUCCCAGCAUUACAUUCACGUCAGUGUGAUUCAAUAGAAUGAGAAAUUGCAUAUGCCGUUCAACAACAAAGUAAUUAAUUCAAUUGGAGAAAUUAUCAAGAAAACAACGUAAGGGUAUGUGCAAUUACUUAAUUCGUCCUCUUCAAUCAGUGAUUUAGUGUGCACGUUUUUUAUUAAUAAUGAAGAUUCUAAAAAUUGUAUCAAAGAACAAAUUGUGUGCAAAUAUUUUUUUAAUUCGCUUUAACGAAAAAUUGAUCAAGAAAUUUUUUCUAAUCGCAAACAGAAAAAGUAUUUGCCAAAAGAAAUCCCUGUGAAUGCUGUUGAUUGAUUUAAACAUAUAUAAUACCUUCAGUUUGAACUAACGACUGGAGCAUAGUUACUUUACAUUGUUUCGAAAAUUCGUUGAUUGUUUUUAUUUCACGAUAGAUUUUGACUGGUAACUGAAUCCACGAAAUAAAAGAACAAAGCUUUAAAAAUACUAUAAAUAAAUUAUAUAUAAUGCGUGAAGCUUAUUGUCUUAAAUGAAUAAAAGUAAAUCGUCCACAUGAUGUAAAUAUUUGCAAGCGAAAUGAAAUUAACAUUAUCGAAUUUAUCAUUUUUAUUAGGGAAAAUUAUUUAACAUUUUCAUCUCUGUAAACGCCACUCUCGCCUCUUCAUUCUAGUUUUAUUUAUCGUUUAUUGUAGAGCUUAUGAAUUCAGUAAAUAGGGAAUUUUUAAUUUUGUGAAAUCAAUAAAGUCAUUAAAUUCAAAUAAAUCACGACAAAUCUCAAUUCAUGAUAGUACGUCCAGAAAUUCCUUACACACGGUUACUCGAGGGAAAUACGAGAGAUUGCCGCAUGAAAUCUAGAAAAAAUCCUACCCAUCCCUGAAACCCUAUAAUUGUAAUGUAGUAGAUUAUGGUAUGACGACGAUAGGUAGAGGAUUGUGAGGAGUGUGAAGCUUGCAGUACAAGGCGUGUCAAGUUGAAGUCUGAAAUAAAUAGCCCAAAGUUAAGAAAGCUGAAAAGGAGCUGAAAAGACACAUAACAAAAUCCGUUAUAACAAAAUAAAAAAAAAAUUGAACGCAGUAAAUAAUUUUCAAAUAAACCCGCGCAGUGAGUAAAAUGGAGGGGGAAGGUAUAGCUUAAAUGGCGGUGGGUUACUUCCGGUAUUGAGUACAGUAUCGGCCGCCUCGAAAAUCAUUUGGUUUACCAGCCCACUGAAACUCACCUAAAACCCAUAAGGAUUUGCUGCCCCGUUAUUGUCACCGAUCCAGAUGGCGCAGGAUGUUAUAUGCUUUAUCCCCUCCCUGCGAUUUUCAUCCCCACUCCUCGAUUUCUAUGACAAAUCCUCAUAUUGAAUGUGCGUUCAAAUUGUGUUUUUCUUUCUGUGGUUUUUGCGAAAAAAAAAUGCCAUCUUGCGCGGUUCAAGGAUGCAAAUCGGGUUAUAAAACGAAUCCCGAGAGAGUACAUUUUUUUUUGAUUACGAAAAAAAGAUUAGCAGAG